CACUGGUCCCUGUCCCGAUCGAGCGGCAAAGACAAUCCGUCACACCGUACGGUACGCACCACGGCAAGCCGCAAAGGAUGCCAUUGCUCUUGGUCCCAACACCACCGAGACGGCCCAGAACCAUCGUGGUUGUGUUGCUUUUCCUGCUCGCGUUGGCAAUCGCAAUUCUCGGCAACGGCAACGGCAACGGCAACUGCCUCGCUAGCUCCGGUCUGGUGAGCUCGUUUCCGGUUUCGAUGUUUCCGCCCAUUGGAAGAACGGCCCCGGCGAGGAUGGCCAGGAGUCCCGGCGGGAUUCCCGGUGGGAUUCCGGGUGCAUCUCCUUCCGCAUCGACCCUUCUUUGGGGCGCCAACACAAAUAGCGACGGAAACAGAAAUGUCGAUUCGCACGGCAGCAGCAAGAACAAACAAGGCCGGAAGGGAAGGAACCGUCCGAGCCAAAUCAAAAACAAGAACACGAACACGAACACGAACAAGAACAAGAACAAGAACAACUCAAACACGAACAGAAACUCGAACAGAAACUCGAACAGACACAGAAAAGGCACCAACGACAAACCGACGGUGGCCAUCAUCGGGGGUGGUAUUGCGGGCCUGUCCUGUGCCAAACACCUGCAGGCUUCGUACGACGUCACGGUGGUAAGCCAAUGGGAUGCAAUUCAAAGCGAUGCAAAACGAUAUGCAAAGACCGAUCCGUAAUCUGCGUUGCGUUGCGUUGCGUUGCGUUGCGUUGCAUUCGAUUUGAUUCGACAACGAACCCUGUGCAUCUUGGGCAUACAUUCUAUCUCUCAAAUCCUCUCUACUCUGUUGCUCCGCGUUGCGUUUGUGAUUUGUGAUUUGUGGUUUGUGGUUUGUUCGAUCAGUACGAUACGGGGCGGCUGCGGCCCGGGGGCAGGGCCUCGUCACGGCAGCCCAGCGACCCGGCCGCCAGAGACGCGAAGCAGGGCUAUCCGCUCCUGUCCCGGUUUCGGUUCGACCACGCGGCGCAAUUCCUCACGCUUGCACCGGCACCCGCAUCGGCAUCCAACACCAACACCAGCACCAACACCAGCACCAACACCGCCAAAGCCGUGCGCCACUGGAAGGACGACUUUGACCGGCAAGCCCGGGAUUGGAUCAAAGAGGGGGUCAUCUCGGUGGCCCCCCCAAACACCAUGUACGUCUUUCAGCGGAGCCGCAACACCGAUACCGAUACCGAGACCGAGACCAACACCUGGAAACCAGCGUGCCUCAACCCGAGUCGUGACUCGGACACCAAAAGCGGCUCACCAGCCUUGGAGACUCAAUUCUGUUACCCAACGAAGGGCAUGUCCUCGCUGGUGGAGGCCCUAGUGGCGAGCGGGAGAACCACCAGCGGCACCGGUUUUGAUCUCAGGCAGGACGUCUGGAUAUCCCCGUCCAACGGCGUGAGGCACGACCGCAGCGAACACCAGUGGGCCGUAAGAGGGGCCAAGGGGGAGCCAACGGCCUUUUUCGACCACCUCGUCGUGGCCCACAACGGAAAAUGCGCGGACCGUCUCAUGAGCAAGACCCCGGCGAGGGACGUCCACCGGCUGCUCCGGACCAACUUUAACGACCGCGUUCCUUCCAGCGGCGGACAAAAAAUGACCCUCAACAGCAUCUACAGCCUGACCGUCUGCCUUCGGAAAGAGGACUGCCAGAACGGCGACAACAACAAGGACAAGGUCAAGGACGACGACAAGGACGACGACAAGGACGACGACAAAGACAGCGUCAAGGACAGCGUCAAGGACGCUCGGAACAGCGCUAGUGGAGACGCAGACUCGUCGGUUUCUGCACCCCGUGCAACAACCUUUGUCGGUGGCUUUGUGCUGGACCAUCCCAAGCUAGGACUAGUGACCUGCCAGACCAACAAGUAUCCAACGAAAGCGUACCGCGACGACGACGACGACGACGACAACUCCAAAAUGGAAGUCUGGACCCUCCUCUCGACGGCGUCGUUUGCGAAGAAGCACAAGGCACCCCAGGAAUUUCUGCCCGAGGACGUCGUCCGGAACGUAACGGAGGAGCUCAUCGGCUCUCUCGAGGAAGACAUUCUAUGCGGCUUUGGCGACGAAGCCAACACGAACGCCUCCCACGAAACAAACGGACCGGCGCGGCCUCCGCGGUCGUCCACCCGCUGGAAGGACCGGAUCCUGGAAUCACGGCUGCAGCUCUGGGGGGCUGCCGUUCCCCUCAACGUGUGGAAGGGGGGGGAUGGACCGCUUUCGUCCGGCUCCCACACCGGAUUUCUCUACGAUCCGGGGCAAAAGGUAGGGGCCUGCGGAGACUGGUUGUUGGACGCGUCCAUCGCCGGGGCGUGGACCAGUGGCCGGCGGCUGGCACACCACCUGGUCGAGGAGGAAAAGAAACGCGGCCCGGAGAGGAACCCUCCACAACGAGAACGAGAACGACAACGAGAGCGAGAACCAUCGUCACUCGUGGGAUUCCACAACGGAAGGUUCGAGCCCUCGGCGCGGGUGAAAAAUCUCGGUCUUGCCUCGCUGGACGGUCCGAUGAACGAGGAAUCGGGCGGCGGGAACAGGAAGAAGCAGAGGAACAACAAUGCCGGUGCUGGUGGGAGGGGCCACCACACGAAGAACGCCAAAGCAAACCACGAAAGAAACAGAAACAGGCGCCGACCAAACAGGAACGAAAAACGAAGCGCCCAGGCCCGGAGCAAGGAACACUCGGGAUCUUCUCCUUGACGCGAUUCAUUCGAGGAAAGGGACGGGCAACAUUGGUCGAAAAAGAACAGACGAACUUAAUAUCACCUAAUAUCUGCACAGCACAGCAUAGCAUAGCAUAGAAUGGGCGAACCGGAAGAAGAACAAACCACGGCCAGUUUUGUCGCAGCUGAAGUUGGUGGCAACUGCCGUUCGACGGGCAAUGAUUAAUAGAACAAAACAUAACAA